GGUUUCAUCCUAUAUAUAUACAUAUCUCAUUCUCAUCAUCCUCAUUCUCAUUCUCAUCAUUCUCAUUCUCAUUCUCAUUCUCCUCAUUCUUCCACAGUCCUCCGAAAAUGUCCUUUCCCAACACCACUGCCUCGCCCAACACCGCCUCUCCCACCACUGCCUCGCCCAACACCACCGUCGCCGACCCUAACUUCCACCACGUGACGUUUCAACACCCUGAUCUGACCAUUCUGAAACAUCACAAGCCAAAAUGGCCUCUCCCUGUCAUCUUAGCCGCUACGGCGGUAGCAGCCAUGUUAAUGGCCGUGCUCAUCUACUGGGCACGAAAGAUGAGAGCAGCACCGGCGGAGGAAGCUCCGACUCAGUCGGCUCCGGCUUCCUCUUCUUUGUCCGUGGAUGGGGCAGGUAGAGGUAGAGGUUAUACUCAUGGAUCUACGUCCGUUAUAGACUCACAUUUUGGGAUAUGAUUUGUGUUUUAAACAAAAAAUCCAGAUCUGAGUUUGAGUUUGAGUUGACGAGGACUGAGUCAGAUGGUCGGUGGUGUGCUGUGCUGUACUGGUUUGAUUUGGUUUGGUUUUAUGACCUUGUUGUGUGGGUUUUGUUUUCUUCUGUAGUAGUUGCAACUUGCAUUACACUGUUCAGUUGCGUAGGAACAUAUAGUGACUCUUAUAAUAAAAUAAUUAAUUUUAAAUUUAA